GGACAAGCCUGUGGAUGGGCACACCUGGAACACCUGAACCCCGCCCAAAGUACCCCGGAGAGCAGAGUAACGGAAUCCGUGAAUCCCGACAUCCUCUUCGCCAUUUCCGCUGCGGCGACUUUUUCACAAAGUCUUGGCACAUUCAUGACUCCGAGGCAAUCCACGUCCCCUCGGCCAAGGCAAUGAACCAGUCAUUUCCCCAAAGCGCGUUGCCCAUGAAUUCUGCGCUAGGGAGAGGUCCACACUUGAGAGCUUGCGAGAGGUGCCAUCGAAAAAAGAUCAAGUGUGAGAUUGAAGGGUCUAAUUUAACUUGCUUUCAAUGUAUACGCCGUAAUACGCAUUGUGUCUUUCCAGUCCAGCAUGAGAAGCGGGAUGAUCAGCAAAGUAGUGACGAGUAUGUCAAGUCUUUGAAAGACCGCCUCGUCAGGGUGGAGUCGUUGUUGAAAACGGCAGGUAUCUUGCAAGAGAGUGAUAUGAGCCAUGACGGGUUUUCCGAUGAUGAAGAUGAUGACGAACCAGCUAGUCCAAACAUCUCAUCUGUUUCCAGCCCAAAGUCAAAUUUCGGGGCGUCUCUUCGCUCGCACGGUGGGGACAUCGAGGGUACGCCCAUCUUCCGGGCGGACGAAAGAGAUGAUUCUCGGUAUUUCGAGUGGAUUAAGAGCAAAACAGGCGAUAUCAGCUUCCUGCGAAUUAUAUCUCCUGAAUCCCUUCAUGAAAAUCCGUGGAAUCAAUGGCGACCAGACGUGUUCCAUGAUCUGUUUGCCUCGCAGGUUUUUAAACCGUUGCCCUCAAGGUCGGAGGUAUUCUCUCUUAUGAAAGAUUUCUUCCAGACGGCCAACCGUCUGUUUCCUAUCUAUCUUGAGUCGUCCUUCAUGAAAAUGGUCGAAUGGCAAUAUACGCAGCAAACAUGUGAUGACGCUGCCCGUUGGGCGAACAUCAACAUGGUAAUAUCUCUGGCAUACGAAUAUCGAUUCACGAAUGGCUCCAAAUCAGAAAAGGACAAGGAGAAGUCCGAGUUAUACUUCAAAAACGCCAUGUCGGUCUUCACGGAGUUGGCCUUAAAACGCACCGAUCUACUGAGUAUACAGGCUUUGCUUAGCAUGUCAUUCUUCCUUCGAGGGAAUUCCGGAACUCAAUCAGCUCUGCCUCUUAUCACUGCGGCUAUGCGGUCUGGUCACCGAAUGGGACUUCAUCGAGAUAUCGCCAGACCAGAACUUAGUCUGGCUGAGCAAGAGGAGAGACGACGAGUCUUUUGGGUUGCAUUUGUCCUUGAUCAAAGUACAUGCCUAAGAAUUGGAAAUGCCCCAUCACAACAUCAAGAUGAUUUCGAUGUCCCUCUUCCGGAAGAACUGGAGAGCGAUAAGCAUAGUGAAACCGCAAGCAACAUUCCAUUCUUCCGCCAGCUCUGUCAGAUGGCGCUCAUCAAGAGCCACAUUUACAGUCGACUCUAUUCUGCUACGGCGUUAACAAAACCUCCUGUUGAAAUAUACAAGGCAGUCAAAGAACUAGAUGCAGAGCUUGAAGAAUGGAAACGUGAAAACCCAACUCUCAUUGAACCGGAAACGAAACAUACUGAACACGAUUUCCUGUUUGACUUUGCCUCUAUUGGUCUCCAUUUCGUCUAUCAGAAUGCUUUGAUCAUGAUUCAUCGGGUACCUAUAUUUCUUAGCUACAUGAUAGCAGCCAGAAAGGAAUCAGAGAAGGUCGUGUCGAUCAGCAAAGCACAUGCCUCAAAAUCAACCGCCAUUGGCUCACAGGCCGCCCGAGAUACCUUGAAGGUUGUCAAUAAUAUGCCAUGGGGAGACAUCGCAUGGACUUGGUCAUUACUAUACUACGUCUUCCUGGCAGCAUCAACAUUAUUCUCAGGUAUCCUGCGGGAUCCUCGCCAUUCAAGAGCCCGAGCAGACCUUCAAUCCCUCAACAUGGCCUCAACGUUCUUUGCAACUCUCGCCCCAGGUAACGGACCAAAUAAUUACGCCGGUUUCAUGACCCGCAUGAGUGCGACUCUCGAACGCAUCGCCAGAGCCGUUGUCGAAAAAGACGAGAAAAGGCCCCGCGCCCCAGAGGAAGAAGACCAAGAAUAUAAACCACCAGGAGCCAAGAGGCGCGCCUCUCGGGCACAGGCAGCACACCACCCAAGGCAGCACCGCCGACCUACAACCCUCCGCACAAAGAUGACCUCCCCCACAGCUCCGGGAUAUCCAACGUCAAGCACCGCCAACCCCAACAGGAUGGACUUCAGUAUUCCGGACACCCUAGAAGGCCUCCCUCCGGUCAAUUCCUCAGGCUACGUCGUCCCCAUGAGCCCAGUGCCAGGCCCGGGCGACAUUAGCCAAACCGAAUCCCCAUAUAUCGCCAACCUACCCGGCACAUACACACCUUCAACGACAAACCUAGAUGGCACAUUCCUCCACAAUGCAGGCGGCAAUUCCUUCAACACACCACCUAUCCCAUCCUGGCAAUUAUCAAAAGACUAUUCUACAGCCACAUCCACAACCAAGUCCCAAGCCCCAGGACCAUCAGUCGUCACUCCGAACCCCAUCACUGCCAUCAACUCCCCAGACUCCUUCAGCAGCACCGCGAACUCAAUCCCCGAUUUCUUCCAGAACCCAAUGGUCGGCGACUGGGGCCACGGCGGAAAUAUCUUCGCCGGACUCUUCCCAACAGAAUAUAAUUUCCCGCCCUCGAAUCUAGCGAGCACUCAGUCUGUCGACACAUAUCCCUCCAUGCCGAUUCUAUCGGCUGAGUCGUAUAUCCAUGGUGCGCCUGCUAUUGAGGGCCAUAUGGCUCAGGCUGGUGGGUUCGAUCCUCAGGGUCUGGGGUAUGGCUAUGUGCCGCAAGUUCAGGAGGAUCCGAAUCCGGGGGCUGAUCCGGUCUGGCCUAAUGGGUUUUUGGGGUUGUUUUAG